AUGCCACUUGACGAACACGAGGAAAGCCUUCUGAAGGGCUCUUGGAGACCAGACUUUCUGAUUGAAGAAGUUCCGGCAGCCAAUGGACAAGGAACAAAAGAGCAAUUUCGAAUUUGCGAGAUCAAUGCUCGGUUUGCAUUUAAUGGAUUUCUUAUAUCCGCGUACGGCCAGGAUGCUUUACUUGCCCUAGGAGCCGAAGAUCACGAUUUCAGUGGCGCAGCAGACUCCAGUGAGAUCAUUGAUGGGCUGCUCACGCUGUUUAACCCUGACGCCCCAUUGCAUCUUCUCAAAGGCGCCGAGGGCGGCCACGAUAUCUUGAUGUUUUUGGAAUGCGCGGAGCGACGGACCGGCGUCGUGCCUAGAAUCAUUUCACCGCAGGACCUACGCCUUAUUCCGGAUUCAACUUCAAAGACCGGGUACAAGCUUUGCUGCGUGAUUAAUGUCGACAAAGCAUUGUCAGCAAACACGAAGCAUCCCAAGUCCUCGGUGAUUACCGACCCGGAGAAUGGAGAAGUUUUGGAAGAAAUUGACCAGGUAGCACUUGAGCUGCACCAGCAUGAACUCCGGGCACUGUCGGUCAAGAUGAUCCAGCACAUUUCUGAGCGCUGCUUCAACGAUUUCCGAUCUGUUUUUCUGGUACACGACAAAAUGAUGUUGGGGAUCGUCCGUCAAGAACUGUAUUCCCUUGUUCACAAGCAUGGCAUUCUGACCGAACAUCAAGCGGAUGUUCUCCGCCGCGGUAUUGUGAACACUAUCCUCCCGGGGUCCCCAGAGUUCAAAGACUUUGUCAAGCAAUGUGACGAGGUAUCAUAUUUCAAAAACCAGUAUAUCCUCAAGCCCGUGCGUGGAGGCAAGGGCGAAGGGAUCUUGUUUGGGGACGAUCUAUCGCCUUGGGAAUGGAACGAAAAGCUGCAAGGACUUGGAGAUGCAGGCUUGGUGCAGGGUGGAACCACGUAUGUUGUCCAGCGUCAGGUCGAGCAACCCCUGUAUGAAGUGUUGUUGAGAGAAGAGGAGGGCGUGCAACACAACCGUCUAGUUGGGACGUACAUGUCUGUCCACGGGAAAUACCUGGGUGUUGGGUGUUGGCGGAGUGGACCUGGGCGAGUAUGCGCUAUCAGUCAUGGAGGGGCAUGGAUGUGUUCUGUUAUAGGGAAUGAAUAG